UCUGUUAUUAUGCAUAGAAACCGAAUGAAUCUCCAUCUAUGUUAAAUAAAAUAUUUUACAAACUGUAUUUUAUACAUUACAGUAUAAUGAAGAUUUCUCAUUAUUCCCUGUGACAAAAUAUACUGUUUCGCUUUAUAUUGUUAUAAUGUAGAAUGAUAAAAAUUUUUACAUCUUGUUUAACUAGCCGAUUAUAAUUUAACUGUUUGUUAUGUAUAAAUUUGCGACUUCUUUCUGUUCCUAACAAGAAUUUAGUCAUGAGUAUGAAAAUAAUGCAGAAUUAUCCGUACAUUAUGCAAGUUCCUAAUGGAGGUGAGCAAAAUUUUAAGAAUUUUGCUUUUAAUAGUUUGCAUUAUGAGAAUUGUAUUUGUAAAAGGCUGGAAAGUACAGAAAUUUACAAUAAAAGACUUGAAAAUUCAGAUGUAUAUAGUAAGAAACCAGAAAAUUCAGAAGCAUAUAAUAAAAGAACUGAAAAUUCUGAUACUUACAGCAAAAGACUUGAAAACUCUGAUGCUUACAAUAAAAGACUUGAAAACUCUGACAUAUACAAUAAGAGAUUAGAAAAUGCUAAUGCAUACAGCAAAGGAAUUCAGAACAAUCUGAAUAAAAAACAUUUCUUAACAGGUUCUUCCAAUUCUCUUCCCAAAAUGAAUCUAUGCGAUAUAUGUAAAAAGAGCUUUUCGACAAAAGGCAACCUUCAGAAUCAUCAUGUUGUUCAUAGUGGGCAGAAACCACAUGAGUGCUCCGUAUGUAAAAAGACAUUUUCUCAGCGAAGUACUUUGGGAAAACAUUAUCUUAUUCAUACUGGUGAGAAACCACAUGUUUGUACGGUGUGCCAGAGGGGAUUUCGACAAGCUAAUAAUCUUCGAAUCCACUUCCUUACACACUCUGGUGAAAAACCUCAUUUAUGUAAUAUUUGUGAAAGAGGAUUUACCCAAAAGAUUGCUCUUCAGAAACACAUGUUGACACAUACUGGUGUUAAACCCCAUGAAUGCAAUGUAUGCAAAAGACGUUUCACUACUAAAGGUAAUCUCCAAAAACACUUCUUGACUCACACUGGUGAAAAACCUCAUGUAUGUGGUAUUUGCAGUCGUGGCUUUUCUCAAAAAAUAGCUUUGAAGAAACAUCACCUUACACACACUGGAGAGAAACCACAUGUAUGCAGUGUGUGUAGUAAAGGUUUCACAACUAAAGGUAAUCUGAAAUCCCACUUUAAGCGUCAUACUAGAGAAAAGUCAGGCUUGUCAUCAUCUAUUGCUCAUUCAAUUGUAGUACCUGCUUCGAUAGCACAAUCACUAUUGGUACCAGCAUCUAUAGCACAAUCAAUUUUAACAUCUGCACCUUCACAAGCACAGAAUGUCUCGACAUCACGUGCUCAGUCACAUGGUGUAACAACUUCCAUGACCCAGUCACAGACUGUGCCCACAUCUUUAGUUCAGUCUCAUUCUAUUUCAACCUCCUUAGCCCAAUCACAUGAGGUUGCUGCAUCACAACCUCGUGUUUCAGUAUCAUCUGUUGGGCAGUCACUUGUUGUUCCAGCCUCAGUUGCUAGAGCUCUAGUACCAACAUCUCAUGCCCAAGCCCUUGGUAUACCACCAUCUCAUACUCAAUCUCUUGUCCCAUCUUCUCAUGCCCAGUCCCUUGUAGUUCCAGCUUCCCAUGCCCAAUCUCAUGCAGCACCAACAUCUCAUACACAGUCUCUUGUAGUACCUGCAUCACAUGCACAAUCACAUAUAACAUCUCCUCAUAUACGUAAUGGAGAGAGUUGUAAGGGUCAACAUAUUACUGUCUUAUAAAAUAAGAAAAAGUAUUUCGACUCGCUUUGUACACGUUGUUUUACAAAUGAAGUAAAUUUGGCAAAUUGCCUGGUGAUAGUUAUCACUAAGAACUGUUUAUUAACUUUUUAUAAACAUUUCUUCUUACAAAAUUAAAAUAAUUUAUUUCCAUUUUAAAAUUUAAAUUUGUGCAUUUUUUUAUGCUCAUUGAAUGAGUUUCACUGAGACAUCUAGUUCAUAGUUCCUCUGUAUUUCAAUAAAUACAGAAUUUAAGAGUAGUUGGAUUGUUUCUGCACUAGUUUAAAAUCAUUUUUAAUGCUAGGCCCUAUUUUAAUUUGUCAUACUGUGCCAAAAUGAUUAUAUUAUAAAGUAACUUGCUAUAAUAUUUUAACAUAAGGUGCAAGUUUGGUGUGUUGUUAUCUAAAUGCUGAGCAAUAGCAAUGUUUUAAUUUGUUAUUGUGUUACAGUAGCAAAAUUUAGAUAUUUAAUAUUUUUAUUUUGCAGUAUUAGUUAAUGAUUUUCAAAUGCUGUCAAUUUGGCAGCAUAGUACUUUGGUGAUUAAUUUCAACCUAAGAAUUCAGUCUAUGCAAAACUAAUUUGUUAUUUUCUUUGCAUAUUUCUUGUAGUUUGACUCUGACAUUGAUAGCAUUUUGACAAAUAUAUCAGAAAUUAUAUAUUUUCACUAUUUUUUUCCCCUUUAUCUUCUUCAAGUAAUUUGCAUGUGGAAUUUUCUAUUAGUGUAUAUAUGCUUGCUAUUCCAAAAAAUUGAGCUAAAUAAAGAAGAAAAGUUUAAAAUCUUUUUUCUGUCUAACAUUUGAUUACAAAUUUAAUGAAUAUUUUAUUUUAAUUCUUUUUUAAAAAUUGUUCUGUAUUUUAUUAUCUAAAUUGCUCCUUUGACUUGCACUGUUUUUCAGAAUGCGGAUUCUUGAAGAAAUUUAGAUGGUAAUGUAAAGUUCUGAUUUUUAAUUUAGGUGAUGUGUGAUUUAUAAAUUUAAUCAUAAAAUGUUAUAUAUUUAUUUUUAGAGAAGUCUGCUUCAAACAUGUUGUUGAUAUUAUAAUUUUAAUCUGAUUGGUAUUAUGGUAUUGACAUCCAAAAAUAUGUCUGUCCUCUGCUUGCUGAUUUAUUUCUUUGCUGUGUAAAAGUUUAUGAAACAUGAGCCCUCAAUGCAUCAUUAUAAAGUUAAUAAUAUGAAUAUUAUAUAUAUUCAUGACUACAUACAUUACCUGAAUUAAAAAAUUAUAUAUUAAUUUAAUAUUACAUGAACUAAGAAGAAAUAGAUGAUUUGUGAUGAAUAAAAUCAUAAUUCAUGGACUAAUUUUAAAUUAUCUAUGUGGCUAAAUUUUAAUUUGUGUAUGAAUUUUAGGAACUGAAGUCAUUAUUUUAAUCCAUGAAAUAAGGAAUUGCAAGUUUAGAAAUGAAGUGAUUAUUUUAAUCUAUGAAAUAAGGAAUUGCAAGGUUUUCCAUUGCACUCUAAGGUUGGCAUCAAUAAUUAAUGUUUGUGCAUA